AUGAUGAACGAGCAAGCUCCGAUGAUGAUGAAUCAACAGCAGCAGCACUUGAUGAGCUUAAAUCCUAACAUGGUGAGUAUGAAUCAAAUGGGCCAACAGCCUCAGCCGCAGGUAAUCGCCUUUUGCCAGAAUAAGCCCUUGAAUCUCGGUCGAUUUCGUUCCGAGUUGAACAACAAUUCCGUUAAUUUUCACCUGCAGAUGGUUCCUCCGAUGAGUCGAGGCUACGGCGGCGUGUGGCCCCAGCCGAUGCAGUUUCAGAAUCCCAACCCUAACCCAGGCGCCAUGAAACCCCCAGUUCCCUCCUUCAAGAAGCCGUUGGGUCCGAGGAACAACUGGAAGGGCAAAAAGGUAAAUAAGCCCAACGACAAGAGGAGGAACAACGGCCAGCUGAAACCUGUGAUGGCUGGUUCCAGCUCAGGUGGUCCUGCUGGUGUUGUGAAUAUAAUCAGUGGCGGCUCCGGCGGGGGAUCGGGGAAUAUGAACUUUAACAGCUAUCAGCCUCCCGCUCUGAACGAGUUGCAGCACCAGAAUCGACUCAAGACCCACAAAUUCUUCCCCAAGAAGAAGUUCAAUAAGAACAAUACCAACAGGAAUGCAAACACGAACAUGAACAUGAACAUGGGAAGCGGCUACAACAAUUUCAACAACAGCAGGGCAGCCCCUUAUGCUCCGAGGAACACGACCUCAUUCAUAAUCCGAGCAAAGAAGAGCGGCGGGAUAGCUUCUCUCGUCUCGCCUUCUCCCGUGACGCCAGCUGUCCUUCCGACUCCCAUAUUCUCUCCUUCCAGGGAAGUUUUGGUUGAUAUGGCCAAGGAAGAGUGGGGGGUGGACGGGUAUGGGUCGAUGAAGGGUUUGAUCCGGCUGAGGUCUCCCGGGCAUGAGAUGGAGGCCCACGAUGAAGACGACGAGGAUGACGGGGACUCGAGUGAUAGUGAUGUUGAGGAGCAUGUCGAGGUAGAAAGGAGGUUGGACCAAGAUUUGAGCCGGUUUGAGAUGCUUUAUAACCCGAAUAGUGCUGUAGUUGGUGGGAUGGAUUUCCAUAGUGUGCUUGAGAAUCGUGUGGAUGAUCAGGACAGCCAUAUUUCACAGUUGGAGGAGGAGAAUCUGAUAUUGAAGGAGAGGUUGUUUUUGAUGGAAAGGGAAUUGGGGGAUCUUAGGAGAAGGAUGCAGUUUCUGGAGAGGAGGGGAAAUAGGGUUGGGGAAGUAAUUAAUGAGGAAGUUCUGGAGAAUGUGUCGGAAAACGAGAGUGGCAGCCUUGGAGAGGAGGGCGGGCAUUCGGUGGAGGACAAUAAUGAGGAUUUUAGUGAACAUAAUACGAGGGAUUCUAAGGGGAAACUCGGUGAUGGUCUAUAUGCGGAAGUGGAGACUAAAGAGAAAAAUGUGGGGUUUGGUUUUCAGAAGGGAGUGCAGAAAGAAUUUGAUAUGAUUGAUGUAGAUGGUAAGGGCAGCAGGAAGGUUAGUCAUUCUGAAGGUAAAGGAGCAAAUAACAAAGAUGAUGAGUACCUUGACAUGAAGAACAAAAAUGGUGAUGUGUUUGAUUUGGAUAAGGAAGCAGAGAAUAAAGAUAAGGUUGGUGAAGCUGAUGAGAACAACAAGGUUACUGAAACUGAAGGCAAAAAUGAAAAUGACAAUGAUGACUGUUGA